AGUAUUUCAAACCAAGCGUUUACAAACAUUUCUUGGGAUUUCUGCGCAAAGAAAGCUUGGCGUUUCAGCAUUACAAGCCCUCGCUAUGAGGCAUAAUACUAAAUGAGGUCUUAAGGUCCAUCAAUAGGCACCUGUAUUUGACGCAUCAACGCGUUGCCGCACCGCUUCUAGCGGAAGCCCGAGUUCGCGGAAGAAUGCCGGGUGCCCGCGUGUUGGCUGCGGCUGCCGCAGCAGCUCGCAGCGGCUGGCACAAGCUGCCUCUUGACGUUUUGGGCAACAUCUGCGCCCGGAUUAGCCAGAAUGACGUGGUGUCCCUCUCGCUCGCCGACCGCGCCACCCGCACUGCGGUGAAGGACGGCCUCGGCUACCCCGGCCUGUUGCGCCUCUCGCUCCCCGUGCCCCCCGCCUUCUUCUCGCGCUGCUGGGCCGCCCCCGGCGCCUUCAGCCGCCUGCCAGAGCCCAAGCGCAAGCGCCUGCUGUGCCUGCUCGCAACCAGCGGCAGCCUCGCCAACCUGCGCUUCGCGGGCGAGCGCUGCGGCCUAGAGCGGCCGCUCACCCUGGGCGAGGUGCUGUGCGCGGCGGCGGAGGCGGGCCACGUGGCGCUGUGCCGGGAGCUGGUGUUCCAGCGUGACGCGGCGCAGGUGGGCGGCCAGGGCGGCUGGGGCGACGCGGCGGUGGCGGAGGCGCUCGCGGCGGGCGGCCUGUUCCCGCUGCUUAAGGAGUGGUCCGAGGCCAACUCGUUGUCGGACGGCGUGAGUCAGACGCGGAUGCUGGUGGCCGCCGCCGCCUCCGGCCACCUCUACCAGUUCGCCUGGCUGGUGCGGCGCCUGGGCCUGCGCCGCCGGGGGCUGCUGGAGGCGGGCACGGCAGAGUCCGCCGCAGCCGCCACCGCCGCCGCCGCUGCCAGCCUGAGCAACCAACCACCGACCGGCGGGCUGCUGCUGCUGCGCAACGUGCUAGUGGCGGCAGCGGAGGCGGGCCACGCGGCCUUUGUGGAGGCGCUGCUGCCGCCGUGCGGCGCCGCGGCCUCGCUGCUGUACCCGCUGGAGGAGGGCCGGCGGCGGGACGAGGUGUGGCAGCGGCAGUGGCAGCAGCCGACGGCGUCGCUCAUCCCCGAGCUACUGCCGGAGCUGAUCCUGGUGGACCCCCACGAGGACGAGGCGCGCACCGCGGCAGCCGCGGCCAUGGCGGCGGCUGUAGCAGGGCUGCUGCGUGCGGCGCGCGGUCCCGCGGCCACCGCAUCGGCUGCAGCUGCGGCGGCUGCCGCGGCAGCGGAUGCUCCGGCAUUUGCCAUGGUGGGUGACGGCGGCGGCGUGGUGAGCCCCACCGAGCUGCUGCUGGGCCCAGUGGUGACGCGGGACGUGCUGGCGGCGGCGGCCAGGGGCUGCGACCUGCAGGGGUUGCAGCGGCUGCAUGCCGUGCUGGGCCGGCGCGUGUUGCCUUCGCCGGUGCUGUCCCGGCUCGACCUGCUGGCCCCGGACCAGGAAGGCGUAGCCGCCGCCGCAGCCCAGACGCGCGAGGCCGCGGCGGCGGCGGUGCUGGCGGGGGCGGUGGCUAGCCCCACCCCGGACUGGAGGGAGAAGUUCGAAUGGCUGGAGAGGGCUGGGCACGCUCCGGCUCCGGGGCAAGCGGGCAGGGCUGUGCGGCAGGCGGCGGUGCAGGCGGCGGCCGGGCUGCAGCUGCAGCAGGGCCGCCGUGGCUCGCAGCACGGGCCCGCGUGCGGCUGUGAGGGCUGCGCGUUGCGGCGGCGGCCGGAGGAGCGGCCGAGCAGGAGCAAGACCUCGUUUAGACCUGCGGGUGCGGCUGGCGCAGGGGCGGCUGGGCCCCGUCCGCGGUUGGAGAGCGGCCAGGAGGCCCUGCGGCGUGUGCUGUGGCUGGAGAGUCGCGGCUACCGCGCGAUGCCCGAGCCGCAGAAGGGCGGUGGGGCUGCCAAGGGCCAUAGUGGCGGCAGCAGUGCCGCCGGCUGCUUAGCGGUGAACCAGGCGGCCCUCGCCGGCAACCUGCCAGUCCUCGCAUUCUUCAUGGGGCCACCCCACUCCCGGUCGCGGCGCCCGGACGAGAAGAAGCAGCCACCUCGCCCGGAUGCACCGACUGUGGAGGCUCAGGUCGUGGCGGAGGCGGCGGCGGCGGAGGCAUUGGCGGGGGAGGCAUCGGCUGCGGAACCUCGGGUGUUGGAGACGGCGGGCAGCACCCCCGAGGUCGCGGCGCCCCCUCGUGCGCCCAUGCCGGUCCCGGCGUGUUGCAGCGAGAUUACGCCGGCCAUCGAGUCCGAGCCCCACCCGUUGGCAGCGUCUGAGCAGCUGCAGCCAGAGCAGCCGCAGCAGCAGCCGCAGCAGCCGCAGCAGCAACAACUGCCACAGCAGCCGCAGGAGCCCCAGUCACAACCGCAAACACAGGAGCCGCAGCCGCAGCCGCAGCUGCAGCCGCAGCCGCAGUCGCCGUCGCAGUCACAGCCGCGUCCGCAGCGGCGGCGGCGUCUGCUGCCCGCGGAUGAGGAGCAGCUGCUGCGGGCGCUGGUGGGCGGCGGCCAGCUGACGUCACUGCGCUGGCUGCGCACCUGGGCCAUGGCGCGAGGCCGGGGCUGCAGGCUGCACGAGGCGCUGUCGCCCGGGCGCUGUCCCCCGGGCCUAUGGCUCUCGCUGUUCGCGGUAGCCCUGACUUCGGCGCAGGCCGAGGCCGCGCACUGGGUGCUGUCCGUGCUGCUGUGGGGCCGCCCCGACACGCCGCUCCCGCCCUACCACCCCGCUGACCCGGACUCCGCCGCCACCGGCAUCACCGCCGCCGCCUCGCCGCCGGCGCUGGCACAGGCCCCGCAGCUGGCUGGCAGCGGGCCGGCAGGCGGCGGCGCCCGCUCCCGCCGUGCCUCCGCCACCGUCUCCAUCUCCGCCUCGCUGACGGCCUCGUCCCACCACCUCUCACUCUCCACCGCGACCGAUGCCCUGCACCGCGUCAGCUUGAGCUCGUCCUCCUCCUCCUCCUCCUCCUCCUCCUCCUCCUCCUCCUCCUCCUCCUCCUCCUCCUCCUCCUCCUCCUCCUCCUCCUCCUCCGCACAAGACGCCCACCCUCUAGCUGCUACCGGCACGUCGGACGGGGAGGCCAAAACCGCCGCCGGCCCUGCUGCCGCCGCCAGCGGCAGCACGGCUGCCGCCGAUGCGCCGGCGCAAGCCGUGCCGCUGGCGGACAGCGUCAAGCCCCUGUACCAGCAGCUCCGGGAGGGCGGGCACCGCUCCGCCAGGGCCGAAGCCUACACGGCCGCGAACGCCGAGGGCGCCGCCGGCGACGACGCCGCCGGCCGCCCGGACCGCGUGCUGUCGCUGCUGGGGCGACUGGGGAGUGACGGCGACCACUGGUUCUAUGAGGAGCUGAUGCGCCUGGCGGUGCAGAGCGGCUGCGUGCCGCUGGCACGGCUGAUGCGGGAGGCGGCGGCGGCGUUCCCGUGGGACAGGGAGGCUGUGUGGACGGCGGCGGCGCGCUGCGGCAGCGGUGACAUGCUGCUGUGGCUACAGGAGGCCGGAUGCGACAUGGAGAAAAGCGCUCAGCCGCUGGUGGCGGCGGCCGUCAACGCCGACAUGGCCACACUGCAGCGCCUGCGCACGGCGCCGCUGCACUACCCCAUCGACUGGCGAAUGGCGGGCGGCACUCUCACCGACAUCCACAACGACGACCCACACCUGCGACUGCGGCUGGUGGCGGAGGCCGAGGCGGCGGGCCCGGAGGCGGAAUUGAUGCUGCAGUACGGCCUGCAUCACGGGCUGUUCGGCGACUGGGAUGACAUGCACGGCGGCUGCGGGCGGAAGAUGUGGCGCGGCCUGAAGCGACUGUGCUGCGGAGGUCGGCGCGGUCGCCGGCGGCGUGUUGUGCGCAAGUGCCUGUCCUGCAUGGAGACGUCGGUGCUCGUGUGCUUGUUGGUCUGCUGCUACCCAUGCAUCCAGCGGCAGCUAGAUUAGGCUAGAUUAGGCUAGAUGACUGAUACCGGGAGCCGCGGGCCAGGGCUAGGGCCGGGGCCGCGGGGAGCCGUGGGCCCGGCACGGCGGACGGCAGCCAUUAGGAUUGGGCGUAGACGCCACCUAAUAGAAGUCGGGCAGGUUCAUGCGCGGAAACAGUGAGGCACCAGAGUCACUAUCGUGGCAGUCUAGCAUGAGGGUUGUGUUAAGAGUUAUAUGGUGAUAUGGAAUGGGUUGAUGCCACGAAUAUGGCGCGCGUACAGCGACCUGACACUGCCUGACAAUAAGGAGCACCCCCGUGUACGUGUAGGAUUGCUUGGACCCCGAGCCCAUGUUGUUGUGUGCUACUUGCGAGCGGCCCGCAGGAGGGCACGGGACUGAGCUAUGUUGCAUUGCAUGGAGUAGGUACGGUAGUGGCGGCUGGCCUUUGUAUGGCAUGGAGUUAGCACGUGCAGGUCGAAGUGAAGAGCAUGUGGCUACCGCACUCGUGGUUAUUUAGUUUGGUGUUUGACUGGAAGUGGCACGCUCAAACCAAGUUGGCGGUGGUGAGGAAGCGUGAUCACCAUGAUGGUCCCUCAAGCCUCAAGGGGACGAUGCGCAGCAGAGCAGGGCGGCGCACGUUUGUACGUGCGCUGAGGAGCUAGCGCAGAUUACGGGAAUGCUGUCUAUUGGUACCGCGUUAUAGUGAUUUAAGCAGAGCGAUCGAGGCUUACAAACUACAAAUGCGAUGGGUUGGGACGGCGCGACAGGGGACAGCAUGGCAGGAUGGUCUGUGCUGGGUGGUAGAAAGCCAACAUGUAAUGCGCGUACGAACUGUCCUACAAAUGAAGUAGCUUGUAAGCACCAAUAACU